AUGGCUCAGCAUGAACCUUGUAUCUUCCUUGCAUUUAAUCUUAUCUUCUCGCUUUUUUGGUCACCAUGCAAGUUCAGUGCAGGACUUUCUGAAGCUGAAGCUCUAAUCAAAUGGAAGCACAGUCUCCCACAGCAACCAAUAUUGGAUUCAUGGUUCCUUCCACUUUUCAACAACGUUCAAAGCCCAUGUUCAUGGCGUGGAAUAGCUUGUGAUAAUUCUACAGGAAGUGUCAUCGGAAUAAACUUGGCACACACAGGCCUUGAAGGUACCCUUCAAAACUUGAACUUUUCUGCAUUUCCGAAUCUUCUUCGUCUUGAUCUCAACUCAAACAACCUCACUGGUAGCAUACCAGAAGACAUUGGGGUCCUCACUAAACUACAAAUCCUUGAUCUUAAUACUAAUCUCCUCAAUGGCACUUUACCUCUUUCUCUUGCCAAUUUGACUCAAGUUUAUGAACUUGAUUUUUCCCGAAACCACAUAACUGGAAUAUUAGACCCACGUCUUUUUCCAGAUGGUUCUGAUCAACCUAAGAUUGGAUUGAUUGGGAUUAGAAAUCUUCUCUUUCAAGACACCAAGCUUGGUGGCAGAAUUCCUAACGAAAUAGGGAAUAUAAGAAAUUUAGCUGUGUUGGCUCUAGAUGGGAAUAACUUCUUUGGGCCUAUUCCUUCAUUCCUCGGAAACUGUACACAUUUAAGUGUUCUUAGGAUGUCUGAAAACCAACUCUCAGGCAUGAUCCCCCCAAGUUUUGGUAGAUUGACUAAUCUAUCUGAUGUGCGCUUCCACAUAAAUAAAUUAUAUGGCCCUGUUCCCCAAGAAUUCGGAAAUCUCUCUUCUUUAACGGUCUUGCAUCUUGCUCAAAACAACUUCUCUGGAGAGUUGCCACCACAAGUUUGCAAAGGUGGAAAGCUUGUCAAUUUCAGUGCUGCCUACAAUAGUUUCACUGGUCCAAUCCCCAUGAGCCUAAAAAAUUGCCCAUCCUUAUUUAGAGUUCGACUUGAACAUAACCAACUGACAGGUUACGCAGAUCAAGAUUUUGGAGUGUAUCCCAAUCUUAAUUACAUUGACAUCAGCUACAAUAAGGUACAAGGGAAACUUCCUGCACAAUGGAGUGCUUGCAAGAGGCUACAAUCUCUUGUAAUGGCUGGAAACUCAAUCAAUGGCACUAUACCAGAUGAGAUUUUUCAAUUGGACCAAUUAGAGAGACUUGAUCUAUCUUCCAACCAAAUAUCUGGAGAGAUUCCUCCCCAGAUAGAGAAUUUCCGUAGGAUGUCUGUUUUAUCUUUGAGCAGCAAUAAACUGUCAGGUUUCCUACCAACUGGCAUUGGGAAGCUGUCAAAUUUGCAAACUUUAGACUUGUCAUCAAACAUGCUUAGAGGACAAGUCCCAUCCCAGAUAGGUGAUUGCACAGACUUGUUGCGUUUAAACUUGAGCAAUAAUGACUUCAUUGGCAAAGUCCCAUACCAAAUUGGAAAUCUUGAAUUCUUACAAGAUUUUUUGGACUUGAGUUUUAACUCACUUUCUAGUGAAAUCCCUGUGGAUCUUAGUACACUCAAAAACUUGAUAAGUUUGAAUAUGUCUCACAAUAAUUUGUCAGGUCCUAUCCAUAGUUCCCUAACGACAAUGCAAAGCUUGUCAAUCCUCAACCUCUCCUACAAUAAUUUGGAGGGGCCAAUACAAGAUGGUGGGAUUUUUAGUUCUUCCAAUCUAGUGGAUUUGAGUCACAACAAAAACUUAUGCGGGAGGAUCCAAGGUUUGCAACCAUGCAAUGUGAAGGUUAUAAAACCAGUUAGAGGAAGUAACAAAAGGAAAGCUGUGAUAAUUGUUACUACCUCUAUAGCAACUGCACUGAUUGUUUUGUUUGUGCUACUUUUGAUUUAUGUCAUUCUAAGAAACUCUAGAGCUUUAGAACAGAAAGCUAAAGUCGAUAGGGAAAAUCCAUUCUCAAUAUGGCACUUUGAUGGCAAAAUCAUGUAUGAUGACAUAAUUGAAGCGACUGAGAACUUUCAUGAGAAAUACUGCAUAGGUGCAGGGGCAUUUGGAAAAGUCUACAAGUUGACAUUGCCAGGGGAGGAUAAAGUAUUUGCUAUAAAAAAGUUUGUAUGUGAGGAAAAUAGCUUAGACAUUAAGAAUAUAAAAGCUUUUGAGAAUGAGAUCAAAGCCAUGAUCAAAACUCGCCACCGAAACAUUGUGAAGUUGUAUGGAUUCUGCUCACAAAGGUUGCACACAUUUCUAAUUUAUGAGUACAUCAAAAGAGGGAGCUUAUUUGAUAUGCUUAGAAACGAUAAAGAAGCAUUAGAGUUGGGUUGGUCACAGAGGGCUCAUAUUAUCAAGGGGUUAGCAGAGGCCUUAUCAUAUAUGCAUCAUGAUUGUAAUCCAGCCAUUGUUCACAGAGACAUAUCAAGCAAGAAUGUUUUAUUAUCUUCAAAUUUCGAAGUCCAUCUCUCAGACUUUAGCACAGCAAGGUUCUUGAAAAUCUAUUCAUCAAUUUGGACCACUUUUGCUGGCACAUACGGUUAUGCUGCUCCAGAGCUUGCAUACACAAUGGCAGUGACUGAGAAAGUUGAUGUGUAUAGCUUUGGUGUUUUGGCCAUUGAGUUGCUAAUGGGAGAGCAUCCUGGUGAUUUUAUAUCAUGUAUUCAGAUGUGUGGGAAUGGCCAUAUCAUCUUGGAAGAUAUUUUGGACCCUCGUUUAUCAUCAAUGAAGCACCAAAACUCUAACAAAUUGGCUUUGAUUUGGCAAAUAGCUCUUUCCUGCAUACAAACCAACCCUCAAUCUCGACCGACCAUGAGAACCAUUGCCAACAUGAUUGAAACAGAGACUUUUCAUUAG